AUGAUUGGCAACGAGCCUUUGAGGAAAUCACCUCCAGCACCCAAGUCGCCUUCCUGUAUACUAGAUAAGCUCUUCAGUGUCCUCUCCUACGUGGUCAGCUCGGCCGAAGGGGCGGCCAAGGAGGAGCCCAAGAGGAGAUCGGCCAGGCUGUCCGCGAAACCCGUCCCGGCCAAGGUGGAGACGAAGCCCAAGAAGACGGCAGGAAAGGAUAAAUCUUCAGACAAAAAAGUGCAAGCAAAAGGGAAAAGGGGAGCGAAGGGGAAGCAGGCUGAGGUGGCUAACCCAGAAACUAAAGAAGACUUACCUGCAGAGAACGGAGAGACCAAAAGCCAGGAGAGUCCCGCCUCGGACGCCGCCGGCGAGAAAGAAGCCAAGUCUGAUUAAUGUCACGUACCAUGUCUUACCAGUGCGCCAGCUCCCUUCUUGUACAAUCCAGAGGAAUAUUUUUAUCAACUAUUUUGUAAAUGCAAG